AUGCGUACUUACGACGACGCCUUCAGCGGCCAGAAGAUCUACCCUGGCAAGGGCAAGCUGUUCGUCCGUGGCGACAGCAAGAUCUUCCGUUUCCAGCGUGGAAAGUCCGAGUCCCUUUUCCUCCAGCGCAAGAACCCCCGCCGCAUCGCAUGGACUGUUCUCUUCCGUCGCCAGCACCGCAAGGGUAUCUCUGAGGAGGUCGCCAAGAAGCGCACCCGCCGUGUUGUCAAGAACCAGCGUGGCAUCGUUGGUGCUUCCCUCGACGUGAUCAAGGAGCGCCGCUCCCAGCGCCCUGAGGCCCGUGAGGCUGCUCGCAAGCAGGCCAUCAAGGACGCCAAGGAGAAGAAGGCUGCUUCCGCCAGCGCCAAGAAGGCUGAGAAGGCCAAGACCGCCGCCUCCAAGGGCGGUGCCCAGCGCAUCCAGAGCAAGCAGGGUGCUAAGGGCUCUGCUCCCAAGGUCGCCGCCAAGUCCCGCUAA